UGACUUAUCGAUUACUUAGCGAAUAAUAAUGAGCGUCACUAACCAACAACUUUAUAGGUCCUCUUUGCACUGAAUACAACCAUCUCGACAUGAUUAUUGCAAUACACUACAAUGAACGCUGGAGGUCACUCUAUAAUGCAGGUUACACCUCGUCAGCGAAAAGGGGGAUUUUCUUGCUUUUUUUCCUUGACAGGCGAAUGACAACACCACCACGGCCCUCUUCCUUCAUCGCAGCUGGUUACAAACGCUCUAGAAAAGUGGUUUGUAGCUAGAGAAUACUUCAUUUAUGUGCCACUGGGAGCGACAGGAGGAUGGCAGAUGACAAGGACGUGCUGCGGGAUGUUUGGUUUGGUCGGAUUCCGACCUGCUUCACACUUUACCAGGAUGAGAUCACAGAGAGAGAGGCCGAACCCUUCUAUCUCCUCCUGCCAAGGGUGAGCUUCCUGACUCUGGUCACAGACAAGGUGAAAAAGCACUUCCUGAAGGUCAUGAAGGCCGAAGACGUAGAGGAGAUGUGGUUUGAUUUCGAAGGAACGCCACUCAAAUGGCACUAUCCAAUUGGAUUGCUGUUCGACCUACAUGCCUCCAACACUGCCCUGCCAUGGAGUAUCACUGUGCACUUUAAGAAUUUCCCAGAGCGUGACCUGCUCCACUGCCCCUCUAACUCUGUGAUCGAGGCCCACUUCAUGUCCAGCAUCAAGGAGGCGGAUGCCCUCAAACACAAGAGCCAGGUCAUCAACGACAUGCAGAAGAAAGACCACAAGCAGCUGUGGAUGGGUCUGCAGAACGAUAAGUUUGACCAGUUCUGGGCCAUGAACCGUAAGCUGAUGGAAUACCCCACAGAGGAGGGAGGCUUUCGCUACAUCCCCUUCAGGAUAUACCUGACGAUGAGUGACCGGCCAUUCAUCCAGAAGUUGUUUCGCCCCAUCUCGUCCGACGGCUACACACACACGCUGGGGGAUCUGCUGAAGGAGGUGUACCCCGUGGCCAUAUCCAGCGACGACGAGUCCAAGCGCUACCAGGUGGUGAUCCAUGGGAUUGAGCCCCUGCUGGAGACCCCGUUGCAGUGGCUGAGCGAGCACCUCAGUCACCCUGAUAACUUCCUCCACAUCAGCGUCAUACCCGCGCCUAGCGACUGACAGCCCUGGCAAAGUUUGGUAACACCCGGCAACUAGGAACGUUGCAAACUCCGAACGGACUCUUUAGAGAGCAGGAAAACCCACGUGACUGGGGGGGCGAAGAGUGACGCAAUUGCAGUGUGACGUCAUCUCAUUCAACUUGUCUCAAAAAGGAGCCCACCAGGAGAAAAUGUACCCUUCUGUUCUCCAUCUCUUUUCCUCUCCUCCUUCGCCCUCUGUCUCUUUUGGACCAUUAUGUGUUUGGGGAAAGUUGUUCCGCCCAAAAUGUGGAAGGCCAAGCUGAAAGAGGGCUGAUCCGUUUAAAAAGAGAGGCAGCAAGAUGCCCCUUACCACCUCCUCUCUCCUCUUCCUCCUCCUAGAGAAAAUGACAGAGCCCUGACAUGCCUAGUGGGACCCCCUACAAACAGAAGUUGCCUUAGUUUUCCCGAGUCACAUCAUGCGCUACACGGCUGGACGUUCAUAAAGUCACACUGAGUUUACAUGGUUGUACUGUAUGCCACUGAGGAGUGAAAGGGGAUUUUUAAAGACACUUCUUCAUUCUUUCUCUCACUGUAUUUUUAUAUUCUCCAUCUUUCUCACUGUAUUUCCUGUCUCUUUCUUCUCUCUCUUCCUCCCCCUCUUUCUUCUCUCUCUUCCUCCCUCCCCCUCUUUCUUCUCUCGUGUCAUUUACUGCCGAUGCUCUCUCCUCUCCAUAGCUAAUUUAUCUAUUGGAAUUCCUUCUGCUACUAAUGAGACCGCUAAACUUCUCUCCAUGCCAAGCCUUGGGGUUGUGUGUGUGUGUGUGUUGUAAUUAGAGACAUAAUUUAAAGUCUCCUAGAGGGGGUGAGGAAGGUGUGAAGAGUACGAAUGGAAUCUUGUCUGUCUUCUCUCUUCCGUGUCAAAGGGAAACAGAGCCAGACAUGUAAUUUGGAGUGUGUUGCAGUCGAAGGGGAGGGAAACUUGUGAUGUCACACCUGUCUUAGCACGUCGGGCUUCCUCAUUCGCUACCUAGGAUGAUGGGAGAGGGGAGUUUACAGCUCUGAGUCAGGGCUGGGCUCGACGUGGGGUACUGUCUGAAGGGUAGGCAUGUGCAUACGUGUGUGUAUGUACAUGUCUGUAUGGGUACUUUUUACACAUUUUGUUGUUACAAAGUGGGAUUAAAAUGCAUUUCAUUGUCAUUUUUGGUCAAUGAUCAACACAAAACACUCUAAUGUCAAAGUGGAAGACAAAUUGUAACAUUUAUUAACAAAAUACAAAAAAAUUAAACUACUAUAUCUUGAUAAGUAUUCUCCCCUCUGAGACUACAUGUUAGAAAUGCCUUUGGCAGUGAUUACAGCUGUGAGUCUUAUUUGGCUAAGUAUAUAAGAGCUUUACACACCUGAAUUGUACACUAUUUGCCCAUUAUUCUUUAAAAAAUUAUUCAAGCUCUGUCAAGUUGGUUGUUGAUCAUUGCUAGAAAGCCAUGUUUAUGCCUUGCCAUACAUUUUCAAGCAGAUUUAAGUCAAAACUGUAACUAGGCCACUCAAGAACAUUCACUGUGUUCUUGGUAAACAACUCCAGUGUAGAUUUGGCUUUGUGUUUUAGGUUCUUGUUCUGCUGAAAGGUGAGUUUGUCUCCCAGUGUCUGUUGGAAAGAACAUUGAAUCAGAUUUAGCCUGUGCUUAGCUGUAUUCUGUUUCUUUUUAUCCUAAAAAACUCCCUAGUCCUUGCUGAUGACAAGCAACCCCAUAACAUGAUGCAGCCACCACAAUGCUUGAAAAUAUGGAGAUUGGUACUCAGUAAUGUGUUGUAUUGGAUUUGCCCCAAACAUAACGCUUUGUAUUCAGGACAAAAAGUACAUUUCUUUGCCACAUUUUUUGCAGUAUUAUUUAAGUGCCUUGUUGCAAACAGGAUGCGUGUUUUAGAAUAUUUUUAUUCUGUACAUGCUUCUUUGCACUCUGUCAUUUAGGUUAGUAUUGUGGGGUAAUUACAAUGUUGUUGAUCCAUCCUCAUUUUUCUCAUAUCACAACCAUUAAACUCUGUAACUGUUUU